AUGGAAAUUGAUUCGAAGUUGACUGAAUGUGGUUCGCGAAUAAAUGGCGAAAAUCUCAAACGAUUCAUCAUCAAAUGCAUCGCGAUAUGCUUUCUGUUCGAAGCUGUGAUGGUCAUUGUUUUUGCUCUGUCCUUCUUGAACGAAGAAAAUUCUGUUGCGCGAAACAUUGCAUUGUAUGUGAUCCCUCACAUUAUGGUGCUGUUGGUUAUAAUCGAAUAUGGUGCGUUCUUGUAUGCCAUUCGGGAACGUUAUCACAGCAUAUCGGUUAUGUUGAAAAAAGUUUCUUUCGAUUUGCUGUUCAAAAAGGAAUAUCGCCAAGCGCAGACGGCGACAACGGAAAAUAAAAUUUGCCGAAAAUUGAAUUGUCUUCGAUUGGCCUUUUUGGACAUAUCCAAUUUUACAACGGAUGUUAACGGAACAUUCGGCAUUUUGAUUGUGUCGAUCUUAGUUUCAACAUUCCUAAUUCUGAGCACAGAGUUUUUUGCAUUUUACGAGUUCGUUGAGAAGGCGGCACCCGAUUUCUAUGUACCAGUUCUAUCGGUUCUUUGGAUACUUUUCUAUGGUGGAAGAAUCAUAUUCGUUGUGAAAAUGAAUCAUGGGGUGAACAUUGAGAGUGUAGUGACUUGUGGCUUUCCUAACUUUUUUACCCUCUGUGAUGAUAUAACUAUUUUUGUUCAUUUUCUACAUUGUCGCUACAAAAUCUCUCAUAAAGAUCUCAUGCUACAACACACUUAA